UUUGACCCGACCCGAACCCACGGCCAAUCCAUCUCUCAAUCCCUCCCUCUCCCUUCUCUCCUACCAAAACAGCCACCUAACAACCCCGACACGACAAACAUUCCAUCUUGUCGAUAAUUGUUCACUCCUCCCUACCACUAUCUGAUCCAACGUCGACCGAUCAGGAUUCCUGCGCUGUCUGGUACCGCGAGGAAGAUUCCGCACUGUCUGUCGCUCGGGAGCCGACGUGACUGACUGCCAGGAGGGAACGGGACAAAGGGCACCGCACCGCUGAUCAUCUCGCAAGCGGGAUCAGAGACUCUUGGAGAUCGGCGGCUGUACGAAAGACAGGAAGGCAAAAGGGGACGGAGAAUACACGGCCAGCAAUCAUCACCAUUGUCAUCCCCGCCGCCGUUCCAACCACCAAACCUACCUUCCGUUCUCCACUCGACGACAGCCCGGUCCUCAAGGCAGCUGUGCAAUCGAUCGAGGCCUCCUCGAGUCAAUUCGCUCCUCUUUGUGCCGCUCCAAUUGUGUUCCCCUCCCUAUACAAUAAUCUCGCGGAGGCUUUUUACGAGUCCUCUUUUCCUCUCUCGUCAGAGCCACAUUCCACAGGGCGGCUUCGCCAGCCACCUCGACGCUAACCCGCUGCCCACCCAACCACCAACCACCAGCACCAUCAUUGCAUCACCGACCGACCGAGACACAACAUCGUUUGCAGCCAGGCCCAAUGCUGUAUUGACAUACUGUCUUCGCCAUCAACUUCGUUCUAAAACCUCUUUUGAGUCGCGCUGUCCGGAGGAUAGCCCGUUUCAUUCCCAACUCGACCACCGCUCCUUAUGCCGAAUUACGGUUCACUACACUCACCAUCCCUACGCAAAAUGGAGAACAACAGACAAUACGGGCGCCGCGGCGUCAGCAUGGGCAACAUAAUCGGUGAUCCAUUUGCCCUUGCGACAAUCUCCAUUUCAGCGCUGGCAUGGGUGAUAUCCUUUAUCGCUUCUAUCAUCGCUCAGAUCCAGUCAGGCUCGAGCUUCCCGACCUACACUUGGUGGACUGUCGUAUACUACUUUUUUGUCAUUGGUGGUAUCUUCAUCGUGAUCGCUUCCGAUACUACCCAGACCUAUCACGUCGCUGUGGUGGGCUAUCUCGCCUGUGGCCUGGUUCUCACCACGUCCUCGGUCAACAGCCUGGUCUACUCGGCCAACGGCGCAAAGGAAGCGGCCUCUGCAGGAUUUAUUCUGUUGUCUAUGGUGACAAUUGUCUGGAUCUUCUACUUCGGCUCUGCGCCUUCGGCUGUCCCACGCGCCUACCUGGACUCCUUCGCAUUGUCCAAGGACUCUCACAUGAUGAACCGCCAGACCAUGGGCACGUAUGGUGGCGGCCGUCCUGAGACCUCGACCUCUGUGCAGCCGCCGCAGAUGUACACCACAUCCGCCCAGCUCAACGGGUUCGAGAAUCCCUCUCCUGUUGCCGGUCUCUCUAGCGCACCUGGGACUCGCAAUAGCAUGGCAGCCAACGGCUUCGGCAGCUCUCAGGGCAACAAGCCAACAGGCAACCAGGAGGGCGAGAUUGUCCCUCCCACCGAGUACCCCUAUCGCGCGAAGGCCAUCUACAGCUAUGAGGCGAAUCCCGACGAUGCCAACGAGAUCUCGUUCUCGAAGCACGAGAUUCUUGAGGUUAGCGACGUCAGCGGUCGUUGGUGGCAAGCCCGCAAGGAGAAUGGCGAGACCGGUAUCGCACCCAGCAAUUACCUGAUCCUGCUAUAGGCGGUCGCUGUGAGAGACCCGUCCUGUUCAAGUGCCGCUCGUGGGGAUGACUUG